AUGGUACUCGAAGAGGCGGUUCUACAAAGUUGGCCGCUGAGCGGUUCUCCUGAUAUAGUGGACUAUCGACAUAUUUUUGAGUUGGAGUACCUUGAGUACGGGCUGAAAUAUCUGUCGUGCGAGAAGGAACAUCCGGCUGAGUAUUCGAAUUUUUUAUCAGAGAACUGGGAUUUACGAGGACGACGUUUUAUGUUGCAGGCCUCGUUUUACUCGACAGCACUGAAAACCCUGAUCUCUGUGUCUACUGUGAUACUGCUUGGCCUCAUAUUUGCUUACCAUGCCUUAGAAGUUCAGUUGUUCAUGAUCGAUAACUGCGCGGACGAUUGGCGGAUCGCGAUGACCUGGCAGAGGAUCGCGCAGAUUUCGCUCGAGUUGAUAAUCUGUGCGGUCCACCCGAUCCCGGGGGAGUAUUACUUCCUGUGGACGACCAAGCUGGCGAACAAGGGCGGUGACUUCGGCUCGAAAUGGGUGCCGUACGACGUCACCCUGUCGCUGCCGAUGUUCUUCAGACUCUACCUCAUCUGUCGCGUUAUGCUGCUGCACUCGAAGCUGUUCACCGACGCCUCGUCGCGCAGCAUAGGGGCCUUGAAUCGUAUUAACUUCAACACCAGAUUCGUCCUGAAGACCUUGAUGACCAUUUGCCCGGGGACCGUGUUGCUAGUCUUCAUGGUCUCCUUGUGGAUCAUCGCAUCGUGGACGUUGCGCCAGUGCGAAAGGUUUCACGACGAGGAGCACGCGAAUCUCCUUAAUGCUAUGUGGCUCAUUGCUAUCACGUUUCUGAGCGUCGGUUUCGGUGACAUCGUGCCCAACACGUACUGCGGUCGAGGUAUAGCCGUUUCUACUGGAAUAAUGGGCGCCGGAUGUACGGCCUUGCUGGUGGCGGUUGUUUCCCGGAAGCUCGAGCUCACCAGGGCGGAGAAACACGUUCAUAACUUUAUGAUGGAUACGCAAUUAACGAAAAGGUUGAAAAACGCCGCGGCAAACGUGUUGCGCGAGACGUGGCUAAUUUACAAGCACACUCGGCUGGUGAAGCGUGUCAAUCCGGGACGUGUUCGAACGCAUCAGCGGAAAUUUCUGUUGGCUAUAUACGCGCUCAGGAAAGUGAAAAUGGAUCAGCGAAAAUUAAUGGACAAUGCUAACACCAUCACGGAUAUGGCCAAGACGCAGAACACAGUGUACGAGAUCGUGUCAGACAUGAGCACGCGUCAGGACGCCCUGGAGGAACGUUUGGUAGGGCUGGAAGAGCGGUUGAUCGGCCUAGAAGAGAAACUGACCGGCCUGCAGGCGCAGCUGGAACUGUUGCCAGAGGAGCUGACCAGGUGCUUGGCUCAACACGCCGAGCGUCUGGAGCAAAGGCGCAACUUCCUCCAUCCGGACACCGCGGUCGCGAUGGCGUCGACCGGUAGCGGCGGUGGUGGCGGCGUCUCAACCGGUAACAGCCUGUCGAUGGGCAUCUCCGUGUCUGCUCAUCAUCCUCUGGCCAACCUUUCGAACUCGCUGCCACACUCAAGGAGCGUGCCAAGCGCGCCCAGCACCACUUCCCUUCAUCCGUGGCCGGCUAGCUCGAUCCUGCCGCCAGUUUCGAGCCGUACGCCCCACUUGGUGCCAGAGACCGGAAGGCAUCACAGUCUGGCACAUUCCACGGUGGCUACGACCACCACCUCGCAGUCAGCCACCAGGCUCACCUCGCAAUCUGGAAUGGGAGGGCUGGGCAACAGCCAGGGGUCCGACACGUCUCCACACAGCUGAGUCUCGUCUUUGCAGCCGCAGCACUCGUAUUAAACAAAAAAACGGGACGCCCGUCGAUGUGAAAAACGACGAACGACGUCCUGAAAACGACGUUCGCGUGUCGUUGAGUUCCUCUACUGCGAAGUCCAGUUCUCGCUGUCUGUAAAAUCUACGUCUUUUCUGUCCGUUUGCUAAACUCUUUCGGGGAUAGGAAGUCUCUUCAGGUCCAUUUUCAGGUGUACUGUGUACUUUCAUGGUUGGUUGAUGAUGGUCCGCAUGGUCGUGAGGCGACAUCGAUGCUCGAGUACAAGCGUGAACAGCGAUCCACCGUCUUUCAUCAACCGAGUUCAGUUUCCUGAUUUUUAACUUGGGAAACCACGAGUAUGAGAUCCUGCGGGGGAAUCUGAACGAGCGUUCCACUCUCGUGCAGACUGCCCAGAAGGUUCAGAGUCAAUCCCGAAUGUACUUGAACGUCUCGAUAUCUGUAUCUCUCGCGGCUAAUUCGAAUGUCCAUUUAUUUUAGUUGCGUCGAAUCGAUACGCGAUAACAAUACCGGACUUUGACAUUUCCAUUUCGGGCGAAAUUAACGAAGCCUCGCGGCCAUCGCUGACUAAACCUGGCUCGCCUACUUUUAUAGCCGCGGGAUUGAAACGAAAGUCUCGCAGUAGCAUCAACAACGGGUCCAAUCCUCUUCCCGAUCGACAGUGUUUUCUUACGUCAAAUGAUGACCAAAAAGAAAAAAGAACAAAAAAAAAAAAAAAGAGAAAAUAAGAAAGUAGUACUAGAGAAGAAAACUGUAGACGAACGCGCGACAAGAAGGAAGAUCAAUCGAAAGGGAGGGACUCACGUACGCGGGCGUCCUCUUCCAAUCGCUGCGAGCUGCUCCCCUGCCCAACUUGCGUGCCUGAAAACUUUUUUCUUAAUAUUUAAAUAUAUAUUCGACACACACACACACACACAUACACACACACACACACACACACGAACUCCAUCUUAUCUCUGUAUACCUCGUGAAUGAAAAAAAAAAAGAAAAAAGGAAAACAAAGG